AGACAACGCAACACGCCGCUGCUCAUACACACCCGGGCAGUACACAUUGUCCCCAGUGAUUGACUCCCGACUGCCCCCGUCGCCGUGUUGAUGCCCGGCCGCAGCCCCGCUUGCCCUGCCUGAGGCUCCGCCCGCCGUCAUGCCGGCCUGAAAUCGUGCUGCUGGCUGCCAACUCCGCCGCCAAGUGCCAUCGCGAUCAACACGCGGAGCUGGGCCCCCUUUCACCACCUCACUCCACAUAUCACAUAUCGCCGUCUGCGCUCUCUGUGCGGCACCCUGAAGGCAGUCCGCACCUCGUUUCCGCUGGGCGCUUGGUGCGCCGCCAAACCCGCCAGGCCUCCUUCUGCUCCUUGCGCAACCUUGGGGCAGCCUCGCCAUGUCAGCCUCCGUCGCCCGCUCCCAUUCCUCUUCUCGCCGCCCACACGCCCUGAACAGCCCCUCCGAUCGCCCUCAUCGCUCGCAAUCUACGACUACACGCCCAACUACACAGUCGCACGCGCACGCUCGCCAGCAGCCCCCGCAGCCUGACCUGGCCGCGGUUGCGCGUCGAGACUUUGAGCGAUCCAACGUUGCGAACCCGCCCACCACCCGCCGCUCCGAAUCGAGGGAUAGGACUGCGCCCGCACCCUCGCGCACCGAAUCCAGCAGGAGGGGUCACACGCGCUAUGCGUCCGACGCGUCAACUGCCUCCGCCAUGCCCAUCAACGGUGUAGCGGCCGAUAGCAGGGCUGCUGCCCCAGCGCCCACCACGAAGCGUAGAACGACGAUCCGCGGGCCGUCCACCGGGGAAUGGUCUCUCGGCAAGACGAUUGGUGCGGGAAGCAUGGGAAAAGUCAAGUUGGCGAAGAGUGUGGAGACUGGCGAGCAGGUCGCCGUCAAGAUUGUACCGCGCCAGUCCACGGACCAGCACCACAGCCAGGCCGACCGCGAGCGAGCAGACCAUUCGAAGGAGGUUCGAACUGCGAGAGAGGCCGCUAUUGUUAGCCUUCUUAACCACCCGUAUAUUUGCGGCAUGCGCGAUGUUGUCCGAACAAACUACCACUGGUACAUGCUCUUCGAAUACGUGAAUGGAGGACAGAUGCUCGACUACAUCAUUUCGCACGGCCGCCUGAAGGAGAAGCAGGCACGCAAAUUCGCCCGCCAGAUCGCCAGCGCCUUGGACUACUGCCACCGCAACAGCAUCGUGCACCGCGACCUGAAGAUCGAGAACAUACUCAUAAGCAAGACCGGCGACAUAAAGAUUAUUGACUUCGGCCUCAGCAAUCUUUUCUCUCCCAGGCACCAGCUGAAGACGUUCUGCGGCAGCUUGUACUUUGCCGCCCCGGAACUGCUGCAGGCGAAGCAAUAUACCGGUCCGGAAGUCGAUGUCUGGAGCUUUGGUAUCGUGCUCUAUGUCCUAGUCUGCGGCAAGGUCCCGUUCGACGACCAGAGCAUGCCGCAGCUGCAUGCCAAGAUCAAAAAGGGGCACGUUGACUACCCGCCGUGGUUGUCUGCCGAAUGCCGCAACCUUAUCCAUCGAAUGCUCCAAACCGAUCCCUCUCAACGUAUAACGCUCGGCGAGAUCAUGAACCACCCAUGGUUGACAAAAGGGUUCAACAGCCCGCCCGAAAAUUACCUGCCCCACCGAGAACCGUUGCAACUGCCACUCGACGAGGAGAUCAUUGAGAAGAUGACCGGGUUCGACUUCGGUUCCCCCGACUAUAUCCGGACGCAGUUAACCAACGUGAUCCAAUCGGACGAAUACCAGCGUGUAGUGCGGCUUGCGGCGCGCAAAACCACGGUGCAAACUCCAGAGGCGGAGAAGAAAAGGGGCAUGUUUGACUUUUACAAGAGGAGGAACUCAAUUUCGAGUCGGGAGCAGCUAACCGCUUCGUCUUCCGAGGAGGUACAACGUGGGCUGGAUCCGGUGAAUGCUUACAGCCCACUCAUUUCCGUAUACUACCUUGUGCGUGAGAAGAGAGAUCGUGAGCGGCUCGAAGUCAACCCUGGCGCUUUGGCUAUGCCUCACAGCCCGGGGGAGAAACCUCUAAAGAUGCCCGAUCUUCCCGCCCCUGAAGCGGCCUACACCAAUACUGCGGCGUACGAAAUGGCCGGCGAAAAGCCCACCGGAGGAAGAUCUCGGCCUAGAGCCAGAACGCACGGAGAAGACGAAGUGACCGAAGGAUUGCAAAAGUUGAAUCUGAAGGAACCGCCUGGUAGCGUUUCCCCAGCGAUUAUUUCUCCAGCUGUCGAGCAACCCAAGCAAGAGAGUAAGGCUGCAGGUAUCCUGCGACGCUUCAGCACCAGGAAGUAUAGGAACCCCGAACGUGACCGCGCGGAGCAUCCACCUACGCCAUCCCUUGCUGUAUCAGGCCCAGCAGAGACGGUCAAUGCGCCUCGAAAGAGCUUUAGUGUUAGGCGCACGCGCGAGAAGGACGACCAAUCAUCCUCCCACCUCCACCCAAGCGAUGCAAACCAACCGGAGCUUCUCUCUCCGCCGAGUACUGCUAGUAGUGCUACACGAAAGCUGAAGGCUCUUGGCCGCUCCACGAGCGUUAAUGGCGCUGACCUACGAAGGCGACUAAGCCGCAGAGGAAGGUCAUCAGAAGAUCCCGGCAAUCCUCCGCCAACAAGCGGGUCUGACAGAUCGAGCAUUCAACAGACAAAAGCUACAAACGAUGCCGCCUCAGAAGAUCUAUCUGCAAGCCCCCGCCGGGUUGCAACGUCCCGCACAAAGUCACUCGGACAUGCACGGCGGGAAAGCAUCCAGGCUCGACGCGCACGGAGGGAACAGGUCAAGGAAGCUAACGUUCCGGAAGAGACUGAUGCAGACCUCGUCGAGACCAGCGCGGAGGCGAGCCGCAGCCCUGAUGCUGUUAAGCCGGUUUUCCUGAAAGGACUCUUCAGCGUAUCCACGACCAGUAGCAAGCCGUUGUCGUAUAUCCAGUCCGACAUUAUCCGCGUGCUGGACCAGCUUGGUGUUACGUAUCACGAAAUUAAGGGCGGCUUCAAGUGCCGUCACGCCCCCAGUAUCGACCUAAACAAGGUCGUCGAUUCACCCUCGUCAGCGAAUCCUCCUGCAAGCGGUCAUAGACGGAAGAUCAGUUUCGGCGCCUUCAACCGGGACAAGGACCGAGACGAAUUUAGAGAACAGCAUCGCACUCCCCAGACGCCGAGAUCCGGACGAGGUCGGCCAUCAAUGGCGGAUCGCAGCUACACCAACACGGACGAGUCUGAUGCGAGUGGCGAAGACAAGGAAGAGAGGCGACCACGCACCGGCCGCGCGCUCCCACCUGGAGAGACGACGACGCAUGUGCAGAGUGACCUCGGAGAAAGCAUGGUUCUUGUUUUUGAGAUUUUGAUUGUGAAGGUGCCGCUUCUGCAGUUGCAUGGCAUUCAGUUCAAGAAGGUGGAUGGUGGCAUGUUGCAGUACAAGAAUAUGGCUCAGACCAUUCUAAGGGAAUUGCGAUUGUGAGCGAGCAAUGGCGUUUCUGGUUUUUGGGCAUUUUGCGAGACAAAGCAGAGACGAUCCUCCUUCCAGACAGUGUUGCAUGGCGGCAUUUUGCGGGACUGUCGGAGAGAGAAGUUUGCAGGCAACAAGCAUGACGAACGAAUCUCAUUUGUUUUAUCUUCAUCGCUUGAGGGAAUUGGGCCGUGGUUUGGAGAGAGGUAACGCUCGUUUGGAGACGUUUGUACUGUUCAUAGACACCUGUUGUAAUUCCGAGAAGCUUCAGAAAAGCGAGAGCGGCUCGAUAUCUUGCCGUCUUUUAC